CCUCAUACCAAAACUACAUAAUGUCAUAGUCCUACGGGCUGUUUGCUCUGUCUGUUCUCGUAGAUUCCUACUUUUGAAACAAAUCGGCUUGAUUCUCGUCUGUCUUGACAUCCUACUACUACGGCACCCUACCGCCUAGACACACCAUCCUACACAACAACUACCCACAAGACCAAUCGCACAGUCCGUGUUAGUCACGACUUGCAAACCUGGACCAGAGUGCUACGAUCCCCAGCUUCUAGCCAGAAAGAAACCAGUCAUCUUCCCGCCCUUCCGUACAGGCUGAAGAGCUAAAAGGAGAACCGCUUACCGACCGUUGAACCUUCCUUGUUCGACCCGAACUUCUGGCCAGAUCCGACCGAGUCUGCUGAUUGUAACCCCCCGAAACUUUGGCCUGUUCAAUCCCCCGUCCGUUGUCGGUGUAUCAACAUACCUCUACCGAAACCGCCUCAUAUACAAACAGACAAGAUGGCGCCUGCCUCGAGUUUAUUGCUUGCUGCCGCUCCCGCUCCUCACGCCCACACUUCCUUCUCCUCCCACCACACACCAACGUCAUCGUCAAAUCGCACAACCAUUACCAACACCAACCCUACCACCACCUCUUCUACUCCCCUCCUCAGAAUCCAGACCAUCGCCAAACACAUGGCGCUGCCACAAACAACAAGUUUCCCCGCCCAGGUGGUGCCUCAAGCCCCCGAGGAUCCUCUCUUUGGGUUGGCGAGAGCUUUCAAGGCGGACACAAGUCCCCAAAAGGUUGAUUUGGGCAUUGGCGCGUACAGAGAUGAGAAUGCGAAGCCGUGGGUAUUACCAGUUGUCAAGAAGGCGGAUGAAAUCAUACGAAAUGACCCCGAAGCCAACCACGAAUACCUCCCCAUCGCCGGUCUCGCUUCCUUUACCAGCAAAGCCGCCGAGAUCGUUCUCGGUGCCUCCGCUCCCGCCAUCGCCGAGGGGCGCGUCGCCUCGAUCCAGACCAUCUCCGGCACCGGCGCCUGCCAUCUCGGCGGUCUCUUCCUCUCGCGCUUCUACAACCCGUACGGCAAUGCCUCCAAGAAGCCCACCGUCUACCUCAGCAACCCAACAUGGGCCAACCACAACCAGAUCUUCUCCAAUGUCGGCCUCCCCAUCGCCCAGUACCCUUACUUCGACAAGAAGACCAGGGGCCUCGACAUCGUCGGCAUGAAGAAGGCCCUCUCUGACGCCCCCGAGCGCUCCAUCAUCCUCCUCCACGCCUGCGCCCACAACCCCACCGGCGUCGACCCUACGCCCGCCCAGUGGCGCGAGAUCGCCGAGAUCAUGGCCGCCAAGGGCCACUUCCCCUUCUUCGACACCGCCUACCAGGGUUUCGCCUCGGGCGACCUCGACCGGGACGCCGCCGCCAUCCGGCUCUUCGUCGAGCUCGGCUUCGAGCUCGUAAUCGCCCAAUCCUUCGCCAAGAACUUUGGUCUCUACGGUGAACGCGCCGGCUGCUUCCACUUCGUCUCCGCCCCUUCGUUGGACGCCGCGUCCGUGACCACCCGCGUGGCCUCCCAGCUCACCCUACUCCAGCGCUCCGAGAUUUCCAACCCGCCCAUCUACGGCGCCAAGGUGGCCUCGAUCGUGCUCAACGACCCCGCGCUCUUCGCCGAGUGGAAGGAGAACCUGCGCACCAUGUCGGGCCGCAUUAUCGACAUGAGGAAAGCUCUGCGGGCCAAGCUCGAGGAGCUGGGCACCCCGGGGACGUGGAAUCACAUUACCGACCAGAUCGGCAUGUUCUCGUUUACCGGGUUGAAUGAGAACCAGGUGGCUAAGAUCAGGGAGGAGUUCCAUAUUUACAUGACCAAGAACGGGCGCAUCAGCAUGGCCGGUCUAAAUACGCGGAACGUGGAUUACGUUGCGGGAGCGGUAGAUAAGGUUGUUAGGGAGGUGCAGUAGACCCUGUUUACCUCUCUACUUUAUUUUCUGCUCCAGGUCUUUAUUAUUCUUUGGACAUGUCUCUUACUUUUUCUUGUUCUCUGCUUUUCCCUUUUCGUCAACGAAUAAGCGGUUGUCAGGUUGUCAUGCUGUCUGUCUGCUUGGGGAUAAGCGAAGAUUACAGCUAUCUUUUCUUUUAUCAUUACUACGGGUUGUGUUUGCUGGUUGUUGGUGGGAUAUUAUAUGGUAACGAGGUCCAAGAUGCCUCAUGGGUAUUACUUGCUGCUGAAUGGCAACAGUCACGGGGAGGUUGGGAGACACAGUACCUAUCGAUACUUAAGAGGAUUGAUAGGACAGAGGCACACUAGAUAUUUACGUGCUCGAAUGGUUAAUCAAAAUAUUUGGUUUG